AUGGAAGAUAGCGUCAUAGCAGUAAAAGAAAAAGAAAUACAAAAACUAAGGAAUGAAAGUAAACAAUUAGACGAUGAGAUUGAAAGGAUGGAAAAACAAUGCACAGAAGAUGAAGAAAGGAAACAUAAAACAGAAAGAGACAAUGAAGAAUUAAUGAAAAAGGUGGAAGAGAUACUCAAGAUGCUUGAAACUAACAAUGAAGAAGAAAUGGAACAAUUUAUUUUACAAGCACAACAUGAAGUAAAGAAAAAGAUUUACCAAGAAAAUGAAAUAAUAGAAGGGAUGAAGAGAGAAAAUGAGGAACAAGAAAAAGAAAGGAUGGAAAGAAUUAAAAUACUGACAAACACAGAGGAAUAUCUUAUUGAGAAAAUAAGAGAAACUAAGACAAUGUAUGAGAAAAUAAAAAAAGAGAAUGAAAAGGUUUCAACAAGAAAUCAAAUGAUGGAAAAAGAAAUUAAAGAAAUAAAAGAGGAAGUGAAGGAAAGAAAAAGACGGAAAGAGGAGUUGGAACAAGAAGGAGAAAAGAAAGAGAAAGAAAUAAAGGAACUUAAUUCACAGAAAAACAUCAUCAAAAGUCAGAUAGAAGCAAUGAAAGAAGACAAAUUAAUAAAACAACGUUCAGAAGAAAAGGUAAAAGAAUUAAAAGAAACAAUAGAAAGGCUUAAAUGUCAAAUAGAAAAUGACAAAGUCCAAGUUGAAACAUUAGAAAUUGAGAAAGCUGAACAAGAAGAUUAUAAAUGGGUUUUAUUAGAAGAUCCAAAUGCUCAAAAAGAUUAUGUUAUAACAUUACUUCAAAUGUAUGAAAAUAUGUAUGGUGUAAAAGUUAAUAAAAAUGAAGAUGAAAUAAUGCAAGAAUUGUAUAAUCAUCAUAUUGGAAUUAAAGAGUGGAAUAAAUAUGUUAAAGCAUUGUUUGACUCAAUUACUAAAACAUAUCAUUAA